ACAUGUGCCCACUUUGCAUGCCAACCCCCCUUUCCGGAACUUCCGGUUCAUCGCCACGUGCAGCAAGGCCGAUGGUUGACGUCAUUGCAGCGCGACACCACGGAAGCCUGCCUGGUCGACACGUGAGAGCGAACAGAGAAGCAAAGACAGUAGGUGCAUCAUGGGUAGAAAAUUAGACCCAUUGAAGAAGGUGCCUCGUGGCCCAGGCCGUAAAGCAAAGAAACAGCAUGGAGCAGAAAAUGAACUAAAGAACAUACUGCAGGAGGACAUCGAAGAAAAGCGCAUGUCCAGCCGCAGCAGAAAGAGGGCAGCUAAAAGGCGCAUGUUAGUGGAGCAAAAAGCAGCAGCCAAACUCCCAGCAAAGAACAAUGUUCCAGCCAAUGCAAAGCUCAAAGCAGGAGGGAAGAAAGCUCUGCCAGGAUUUAGUGAUGACAAUGCACAAUGGCUGAAGCCUGCGAAAAGAGCUCGAAAGGCGGGAGAGGAAGAAAGUGAAGAUGAUAAUGAAGAGGAUGAUGAUGAAGAAGAGGAUGAAAUGGAGAAGGAAGUAAAGGAUGGGAUGGAGGAGGAGGACGGAGAUGAUGAAAUGGAAGAGAAGAAUGGUGAAGAGGAAGAUGCUGAAGAAGAAAGUGAGGAUGGAGAUGAUGAUGAUAAGGAGGAUGGCAAUGGUGAGUUUGGCGGAUCCCUCUCUCUAUCGGACAGCGAUGAUCUACAGGAUGAUUAUGGAACUUCAUCAGGGGAUGAGAAGGAUCUUCUUCCAAUAGAGCGGGCAUCUAAGAAGGAGAAAAAGAAACUAAAAAGUGAAGAGGCUGUUAAAGGAGAAGAUAGCAGCAUUCAGUUGAAUGUGGAUUCUGAGGACCCGUUUCAGCUUCCAACUGAAGAAGAGUUGGAAAAGGAGCUCUCAACUGCCCCAGAUCUUUCCACAAUGCAGGAGCGCAUUAAGGAUAUAGUUGGGGUUCUGCAGAAUUUUGCACAGCGAGGAGGAGGUCGAACACGGCAGGAUUACCUCAAAGUGCUCAAGAAGGAUCUUGCUACCUACUACAGUUACGGAGAUUACAUGAUUGAGACGCUCAGUGACCUUUUCCCAGUGUCGGAGCUAGUAGAUUUCCUGGAGGCCUGUGAAGUUCAUCGUCCGAUAACAAUCAGAACCAACACCUUAAAGACAAGAAGACGUGACCUUGCUCAGGCUCUUAUUAACCGCAGUGUAAAUUUGGAUCCCUUGGGUAAAUGGUCAAAAACUGGGCUCGUUAUUUACGACUCUUCAGUUCCAAUUGGUGCAACGCCCGAGUACUUAGCUGGACAUUACAUGCUGCAAGGAGCAUCUAGUCUUUUACCAGUCAUUGCACUGGCUCCUCAGGAGAAUGAGAGGGUGCUGGAUAUGUGCUGCGCACCAGGCGGAAAAACCAGCUACAUCGCUCAGCUUAUGAAGAACACGGGGUCAGUUGUUGCAAAUGAUAUGAAUGCGGAGAGGCUUCGCAGCGUCGUGGGAAAUCUUCACCGUCUGGGGGUGACAAACUGCAUCAUCUCUAAUUACGAUGGCCGGCAGAUCUCCAAGAUUUUAGGGGGCUUUGAUAGAGUUCUUCUUGAUGCUCCAUGCAGUGGUACUGGGAUUAUCAGCAAAGACCCUGCAGUUAAAACAAACAAGAGCGUACAGGAUAUCCAGCGUUGUGCCCACAUACAGAAGGAGCUGGUUCUCAGUGCUAUUGAUGCUCUGGAUGCCCAGUCACAGACAGGCGGGUUUCUGGUUUAUUGUACCUGCUCCAUAACGGUGGAGGAAAAUGAAUGUGUAGUGGAUUAUGCUUUGAAAAAGAGAAAUGUUAAACUAGUACCAACAGGACUGGAUUUUGGAAAGGAAGGUUUUGUAAGAUUCAAGGAACGGCGGUUUCACCCUUCACUGCGUCAGACACGAAGAUUUUACCCACACACUCACAAUAUGGAUGGCUUCUUCAUUGCAAAACUCCGCAAGUUCUCCAAUGCCAUCCCUAACCCAAAUAAAGAUGAAGAGACCGUAACCCCCAGCCCAGAAGAACUGAAAAAGGAGAAAGUCGCAAAGAAGAAAGCUGCAAAGAGGAAAGCUCCAGAUGAGAAUGACAUAAAUGACAAAGCACCGAAGGAGAAAAGCGAAAAUCAAAAAGCUUCAAAGGUUAAAGGAGGAAAUAAGAAGGCGCCAAAGGAAAAAGGAGUAAAUGAGAAGUUGCCAAAGGAGAAAGGAGGAAAUGAGAAGUCACCAAAGGCAAAAGCUCAGAAGAAGAAAGUUGUAGUUAAGAAAGCUUACAUGAAGAAAGCUGCAAAGAUGACUGGUAAGAAAGAUAAGAAGAAAGUGGCAAAUAAGAAAAAAAAGUUGUUCAAACAAAAAAAGAACAAAUAACAUGUGAUAUUCACUAUCACUUGCCCUGCGACUUACUCAGCCUGCCUGCUACUGCACAGAACCUCAGUACAUUCUGGUCUCAUGUGCAGGACCCAAAGGGAACUGAGAAGCGAUUGGGAGCAGACCAAAUAAACAUUCUAGUUUCCCUGUAGAUUUCUUGCAGGGCUGCUGUAAUGCACCAUUGCAUGAUGAUGCUCCCUAUAAUGUGUUGGGUCUCAUUCCACCACUCCUCCUAAAAGGCAGCAGGCCCUGUAAAAUAUCUAUGCUGUUUUAUAAAAUGGAAAUAGAAAAAAAUGUUUUUAUGGA